AUGGAGGAGCUACCCGACACGAUACAAGUCAACAUCAAGAACAAAUUUACAAGUCUGUCGAAAGAUUUGAUCGUUUACGUUUCUGAUGACGUUAAUUUGUAUCAACACAUAUAUGAUAAUCCAUCUGUCCACGGUGCCUACGUCCGAACAUGGCCAGCAGACGUGGUGUCAGCAGUGAAAGGUGGGGCAAGCACAAUCAUUUGUUCAAUCGAAAAUACGCCGAUCGUCCUUUCCCUGGCUCAGAUGAAGAGCACAACUACGAAAGAGCUCUAUCAUCACGUUGCCAAGGCUGGGAUCCUCUACAACAUCAAUUUUGUUCUGGAAGUUGUGAGAGCUGAUUCGUUGGCAGACGAAAUGACUAUUAAUAGCGACGCCAUGACUGAGGAUGAGCUCGGAUCAACCAAUGAAUAUCCAAUACUCGGAGAAAUUCCUUCGGAAUCCGUUCUAUCGAAUGCGACAGAAACCAUGAAUAUCAAAAUCCAGAAUCAAUUCACUUUGCGAUCUACUGUAUUGGAUAUCAAAAUAUCGCAAGAUGCAACUAUCUUUGAUGAGAUCUACGACAAUCCUGCUCUACUGGAGGCUCAAAUCAGAAAUUGGUCCUCUGAUAUUGUUGCUGACAUCAAGAAUAAAUCAAAAGCAAUCGUUGCUUCGGUCUCUGGCACUCCGAUGAGAAUUUCAAUUGCCCAAAUGAGAAAGAAGUCAACAAAACAAUUGCAAGACUUCGUAUCGCAAGCUGCACUGAAGCAACACCCGCAGCUUAUCCUUGGUAUUGUGAAAUCAGAUCAAAUCCUAGAAAUUGAUGCUAAGUUGGAAUUGCAAGAGACUACCAAAUCUUUAGAGGAUUUCAAAGUGGGCGCUCUUCCGACCAAAGAGGGCGCUCUUGACGAAAUUAUCGAGAUAGGUGCAACUGACUUGGAUAGAUCUAUCUAUUUUGACAAUGAAGAGUUAAUCGACGCGAACUUUGUACAAGGAACAAAGGGCAAGGAUGACGACGAAAUGCAAGACAGCACCGACCUUGAGACGGUUUCAAGCGUUCACGAAGAUGAUGAAACUAUCGUGGCUGGGAAUGGAACACCAAAAACAACGCCUCAAUCACAGCACGACACACCACUCAGUCACCAAAUCCCAAGCAGUAAUACGCCUUCGAAAGAUGAAAUCGAUGGCGCAAGGAACGAGGACACAUCAUUCAUUGCGGCUUUGGAUUUCGACACCUCAAAAGAUCUCGGACAAAAAACAAAUUACGAUGACUUAUUUCCUGAAGAUCAGACUGGAUUUGAGAUCACUUUUGACCAAGGGGUAGACGAUGUGUUCCAAGUCUCGAUCACAGAGGAAAGAUUGGACAGAACCGAAGGCAACCCAAGUCGCGAGAAGGCGAAACAAAUCGAUGAACAGGCAAAUGUUGAAGAAGAGAAAGAGACAAAGAAUGAGAAAGAUUACGAUGAAAGUGACACGGUGUUGGCGAAAGAUGAAGAAAGCUCUGCAGGAGACGUGUCGACAGCAGAUGCCACUGAGAACCAAAUGGAGACUGAAGCAUCAUUUGCCCCAAGGUCUCAGCUUGAUACAGAUACUGUGGACAUUGAGUCGCUUUCUCCGGCGGUCGAAGUAGUUGUACACUAUCAAACGGAAGAGUCGGACGAAGGGAUUAAGCUAGGGGUAGAAAUAUCACCUGAAGACGCAGCUCCAGUUGAAUCAAAACCAAUUGCUGCAGAUGAAGAAGCUGCUCUCAUUGCUGGAGAGGAGGAGAAGGAAGCUGCACGAAUUGCAUCAACGAAGAUACAAUCUCGGGCUCGUGGAAUUGCGGUUAGAUCAAGCCAGUCAUUCCGCCAUACUCAAGCUUCUGUUAUCCAGAAAGCAUUCCGUGGGUCUAUUGCUCGGGUAUCUCAUGGCCGUAACGUAUUGGCCUCAACGAAGAUACAAUCUCGGGCUCGUGGAAUUGCGGUUAGAUCAAGCCAGUCAUUCCGCCAUACUCAAGCUUCUGUUAUCCAGAAAGCAUUCCGUGGGUCCAUUGCUCGGGUAUCUCAUAGCCGUAACGUAUUGGCCUCAACGAAGAUACAAUCUCGGGCUCGUGGAAUUGCGGUUCGAUCAAGCCAGUCAUUCCGCCAUGCUCAAGCUUCUGUUAUUCAGAAAGCAUUCCGUGGGUCUAUUGCUCGGGUAUCUUAUAGCCGCAACGUAUUGGCCUCAACGAAGAUACAAUCUUGGGCUCGUGGAAUUGCGGUUCGAUCAAGCCAGUCAUUCCGCCAUGCUCAAGCUUCUGUUAUCCAGAAAGCAUUCCGUGGGUCUAUUGCUCGAGAAAACAGCCGUAACGAAUUGGCCUCAACGAAGAUACAAUCUCGAGCUCGUGGAAUUGCGGUUCGGUCAAGCCAGUCAUUCCACCAUGCUCAAGCUUCUGUUAUCCAGAAAGCAUUCCGUGGCUCUACUGCUCGGGUAUGUUACAGCCGAGACGUGUGUGCCAUAAUCAAAAUACAAAAUCUUGGACGUCGAUGGAUCGCAAAGCAAAGACUUGCGAAAUGCGAGCGUGCAGCAUUGAAGAUACAAUAUAUUGCCAGGCAGAGAGCAAGUAAGAAACUCACCUCUCAUCGACAACAAGAAGUGGAGAUUGAAGAAUCACGGAAGAAUGGGGCAUGCAAACUUCAAUCGGUCUACCGUGGACACAAGGCACGGAGAGAUGUUGAUUCCCAACACUUGGCGGCCGCUAAAAUUCAAUUUGUAUGUCGGGCAUGGCUGGCGGCCAAAAGGGAGGAAAGAAUGCCAAGUCUUGGACGUCGAUGGAUUGCAAAGAAAAUGCUGGCGAACCGCGAUCGUGCUGUAUCGAAGAUACGAUCUAUUGCACGACAGAGAGGAAGUAAGAAAAAGACCUCCGAUCGACAGCCAAAAGUGAAGAUUGAGGAGCCACGGAACAAUGGGGUAUGCAAACUUCAAUCGAUCUACCGCGGAAAUAAGGUGCGAAGAAAUAUUAAUUCCGAACGCAUGGCAGCAGUUCAAAUUCAAAAUGUAUACCGAGCAAGGGUGAUGGCGAAAAGAGAGGAAAUGAUAAGUGCUGAAAAAGAAGCAAAGCUGAAGGCGGAAGAAGGGGCAAGAAUCAGAUCCGAGGAGGCAACCCGGGUAGCAGAUGAGGCCCAGACCAAAGCUGAAGAAGAGGCAGAAAUCAGGGUUGAAGAGGAACCUAGACUUACAGCUGAGGCUCAAGCGAAGGCAGAAAAUGAGGCGAGUUUGGAAGAAACGCUUUUUCGCUUGAAAGCUAAGGAGGACGCUAGAUUGAAGGAGGAGGAAGAAGCCAGAUUGAAAGUCGAAGAAGAAACAAGGGUUGUAGCAGAAGCUCAGGCCAAGGCGGAAAUUGCAAUCGCCACGUUGGAGCUCGAAGAGGAAGCCAGACUGAAGGCCGAUGAAGAAGCCGAAGUCGAAGAGGAAGCCAGACUUAAGGCCAAGGUCGAAGAGGAAGCUAGAUUGACGUCCCUUGACCAGACAACCACUACGUUUGACGACUCUGAAGGGAUUGAAGUGGAAUAUCCCUCGGCAGAUCAUGAAGCCCAUCAAUGUGCUGAGGAGAUGCAGGAAGCCAUCUAUAGUUCUGUAGCCAAAGAAAUCAAAUCGGCUUCUAUGCGGGAGGAAAAUGAAAUUAUCUUGAAUUCAGAUGCAGCCCAUGAAGAGUCUGAUUUAGUUGAUGUAAAUAAUGAAAACGACGAAGCUGCUGUUCAUUUGAUAUCCGCUGCUAUGGAGAGCUCAGAAACGCAGACUCAAACAGAAACCACUGAGGUAGAGGAUAGUGCAAAGCAACAGGAAGACGAUGCCGUGAGUCACGAGGCACUUGUGGACGAAACCGAAACUACAACGAGUCAGGUUGUUGAAAAGGUAUCUGAAGAUGACUCGGAUAGUAAGAUGUCAAGAACUAUUGAUGUAUCCACAGGCAGCAGUGAGUCCAGAAAGCAAGAAGGUGAUUCAGUUUUCGAGACGCAAACAGCAGUACACACGAUGCAUAGCUGCGAAACAUUUGGAAUCAACAACAGAAAGCCAUCGUCGAAUGAACUUGCUACCAGCGAAACCAGCAGUGCAGCUUCGACUAAAUGCGAAGCUAUAGUGCCUAGCGAUACACGAAACACGACAGAAGAUGGAACGGGGAGUAGUAUAGUCCCGAUGGUAACAAUGGCAGGAGUGUAUGUCAACCACGUCAGGCCGGAAGUUUCCAAACCACAUAAUGAUAACUUGGCUCCUGAAGAUAGUGGAACCGAAAACAAGAGCGAGCACAAGGUUGGACUUUCGACUUCGUCACAGCACUCCCAGACUGAAAACAAUUCGAUUAGCCUUGACACAAUCGAUAGGGUCGUCAUGGGAGUUCAAGAUAAAAGACGCCAAGCUGCUGGCGAUACAGCUGUAUCGCACAACCAAGGGAAGAGAGAAGAGAACGAAAGAGAGGAGAGCGAACAAAAGGUGACGGUUUCGUCCUCUGAAGAACUCUAUGGAGACACAAAUUCGACUAGUAUGGACACCAUCGACAGGAUCGUCAUUGGACUAGACAACAAUAGCAAAAGAGAUGUUGCUAGCUCAAAUGCAGCAUCGUCCCAAAGCCGCGAGAAACGAGACGAAUCGACGAUGAGCACUUGUAAGCCCAACAAUAGUACCACGCAAGUCGCGGCAUUCAAUCGUGACCAGGUCCCAGGCACCCCUGAAGGAACACAAGAGCGAAAUCCAGAGUCUCCCAAAUCACACAAGGCUUCGAGCACAGCACCGUUACCAGCGAUAGUUACAACCAGAAACAGGGACGGCCGGCAAGCAUCGCAAGCAGCCAGCGUCUGUUCUUCAUUGAAUACUUCCCCCUCAUACUACGACAAAUUUGAUAGCAAGAUUGGAAGUAAAAUGAUUUUGAAAGCGCUGCAUACACCAGUUAGCGAGGAAAAAUCUUCCAAAGACUUGUUGACUUUAAGCGAUGACGACCAGUCAAGUAAACCCGAGACGGCAUCAGUGACCAGCAAGGUAUCACUCAAGGAUGAUAUCGUAAUCCUAACCGCAAGAUAUGAAGUGUUUGCAAAGCAACUCCAGUCACUAGUAGUACAUUCCAAUGAAUUCCAUAAAGCAAUCUGCGAAAAAGAGAAAACGCAGGCAAAGUUCUUUGAUGAGUGCACGUCGAUGACGAAUGGAACCCCACUACAUCUUGAUAUUGGCAAGAACGAGAUCCCAGAAUCUGCAACCAUGUCUUAUGCAAAAGCUCAAGUCGACGACAUGAUCACUCCCAGAUCUAUGUCGUCCGUUCAUGCACUUGCCCGAAUAUUCUCCUCCGAUAGCUCAACAGAAUACCAGCAACAUAUUUUGGCAUAUGUCGGAGCAUGGACUGAAGCCGUCACCUCGAAGGUCGAAGCCGAGUUGCAAACCUAUGACAAGCUCGAGGAAACACUAUAUCACUACGAAGUGAAGGUUGAUGAGCUGCGUAAAAAAUCUAAAGGAAAGACCUCCACGCAACUGACACGGAACUACAAGAAACUGGCCACCGCUGGUCAAAAGAGAGAUGAACAGCUUGAGAAGGCAUGCUAUUUGCUGAAAGCGGUAGUUGACAACAGUUGGAAAGACCUAUAUCCACUCAUCGAGCAAACCAUGGUAUGGGAGUUGAACCGUCGAGAUGGGCAAGUUGACACUAUGGGAACGAUGCUACCAAAGAGCAUGGCCAACAUGAAGGAAAACAUUAAGUCUGGAAAAACAUUACCAGCACCAGAUCAAGAAUCGCUGGAAGCCGAACUUAAUACACAGACUCGCGAGAAUAGGAAGCUCCAAUAUCGUAUUAACAAGCUCGAGGCGAUAUUACGAAGUGACGAUUGGUCGAGCAAGAAUGAAAUGAUUUCAAAGCUCAGUAGCUUCAAAAUGAGUCCCACAGGAAGGAAAACUGCUGAGUAG